CUUAACGAAAUACGUCAACAAGAGUGUUCACAGCUCAAGACGGCCACCGGCAGGCAGGUCUUGAAUCGUGAAGAUUCUUGAGAAGCAGGUUCCGGUCCAAGAUCUCGAGACAAAACACGGUUCCAAACCGCCAGGGCUGAUACGGCGAUGAAGGCAAGAAGUUGAAAAAAAAUUUAAACAUGCACAUGCCGCUCGCUCAUGCAUGCAUUGCCCUGUCAUCUCGAUAUCCCCGGUGGAACGGUGAUAAGGACUUGGGCCACUCCGAGCCCUGACCGCGUUUCGCGGGUCAACUACGGGUCUACCACGGGGCAACUAUGGAUAUUUUUGACAACCCAGAAUCGUGAAACCGGCGGUAGACGUCGUCGUCCCCCAAUGGCUCACGGCCGGCCUUGUCCGGAGGGCCUGAAAAGAACCCGGACUCCACUACCGAUUACUAUCCGGAGAGUGGAAACUCCACCGGGAUGUCGCCAUCGUUUACCAGCCUCGUUAACCAACUGCGCCAAGCGCCGAGCCUUGAAAAGUUUCACGGCCACCGGACUACGGACCGUGCGGACCUGGUUAAAGUGGGGGUUCGGAGCGGGUCAACGGGUCUCGGGGGGGGGGGCGAGACUCUCGGAGACCAUGUUGACGGAGUUGACGCCAUUUGAUCGCCGUGGAGAUCGUGGAGCAAUCUUUUCACAAGCUGGUAGCAAGCUGAUAUCGCCAGCAAGGGCGGUGAUCGAAACUCGAAAGAUCAGGACACACGGGAAUAUGGAAUACGGGCAGGACGGGGGGUACAUAGGUGGAGAUGGGAUACCGUCCGAUCUUGACGGUCGACACGGGAGUCGGGAGCAGAGCUGAAAAGGUUCGUAGUUCGUCAUCACAUAUUGAUAUGGAGCAUGUUGGGCUUUCACAUGAAAGCGUUUGUAUUUGUUCAGCCAGGUACAGGUGCAAGCUCACCACGGCAACCUCCUUGUUUAAGUCAACUUUGAAGUUAUGCUUCAUAUUCAUGUUUGCGUUAAACCUAUUCUCAUCCAUUCAUUACACAUUGUUCA